UCUUCCCUUUUCCCUCCACAGCUUUAUUCUCUUCCCAUCACAUAUAAAUACCCCCGGCUUACCUCCACUUUCUUCAUUAGUUUCCAUUUCGAAAUCAUACAAACAAAAGAACCCAUAGCUUCUCCUUUACGCUUAGAAGAAAACCAAAUAAGAAAAAAUGGGGUCCAAAAAUGCUCUCGUGUUCGAAGAUUUUUUCCCAACGAUGGUUGAGAAACUGGGUGCUGAAGGUUUUAUGAAGGAGCUGAGCAAUGGGUUUGGGUUGCUGGUGGACGGGGACAAGGGAGUGAUCACUUUCAACAGCUUGAAGAGAAACUCGGCGUUGCUUGGAUUGAAGGAGAUGAGCGAUGAGGAGGCGAUUUUCAUGUUGAGGGAAGGUGAUAUGGAUGGGGAUGGGGCUUUGAAUGAGAUGGAGUUUUGUACCCUCAUGCUUAGACUCAGUCCUGAGUUGAUGAACGACUCCAAAAAAUUAUUGGUAGAAGCCAUUCUCAAUUUCUAGACCGUUUGUCCAACUAUUAGUAAUUAUCAGGCUUUUGUAAUUUGUACCGCUUGCAAAUGAAAUAUAUAUCAAAAUAUUCGAACUACUUCCAGUUCGGUUUCGUUUUUCA